AACUAACAGUGUCUUAAUUUAAUUCACCUGGAAGGCAAAAGCAUGUGAAACUUCAGUGACAUUGUCUUCUGCUGGUGCCCACAAAUUUAUUUUCAACACAUCAGGAUUCUAUGAGUUGUCAUUGCCUAUUUAAACACAUUCAAAGAGGUGUCUACCACAACAACUCUCAGCAAAACUUGAUAGUAUUCAAAGCUUUCUUUGCUCUUGAGGUCUUUGAUACAUAUUCUUUCUUUGUUUUCUCAUCUAUAUUAAAACUAAAAGAUCAUGGCUAUCCGUAUGCCUCGAAUAAUCAAGAAGUCUUCAGAUAUUCCCAAGGGUCACUUUGCUGUGUAUGUUGGAGAGAAACAGAAGAAGAGAUUUGUGAUUCCGAUAUCAUUCUUGAGUGAACCUUUAUUUCAAGAUUUGCUUAAUCAAGCUGAGGAAGAAUUCGGCUUUGAUCAUCCAAUGGGUGGUGUCACAAUUCCCUGCACCGAGGAUUUGUUCGUUAAUCUUACAUCUCGCUUGAGGAAGUGAGAUGAAAACCAAUCCCCAUUCUUUUGCUUACACAAUUUUGUAACUAUGUAAAGCAGGAUUUUCAGAGUGUACAGUUCAGGAGUUAGAAGAAACAGUAACUUGACGUUAGAAUUAGGGGAGUUACCACUCUCUAACUAGGUAGACUAAUGAAUUUAGCUCCAUAAAAGAAUGGAGAUGUAAUACCCUUAGUCUCUUGACUAAGUUGACACUUUUCUACUUAAAAAAAUUGAAGCAAUGAUAUUUUUUUACUUCUAUGGUUCCAUUCAAUUCCUUAUAUUGAUUGAAUAACUCAUUGCAAUAUAAAAAUUCUGUGUACAAUGAGCUUGUUGAUCGGUUUUCUUUGUUCUUAUCUGAUCCAAGAUCUUAAGCAUUUCCAUUCCUGAUUAAAAUGUGUAAGUUAAUUUACUUAUAAUAAGAUAUGGCAUCUGUACUUUUCUUGAAUAUUGAAGACAGAUAUCUGGCAAUAACAAGAUUAUGACUUAUAAUAAUGGAAAUUUGGAAAUUGUAGCCUUCUGUAUUCUCUGUUAUUUGGAAACAUUUACACUGCUGAGAUAAUUCGAGUAAAUAUUAUCUAGAUAGUUGAUCCUGCAUAAUGACUUAGCAUGAGGGACCAAACAACUUUGUCAGAUAUUGCUGUAAAUUUAUUUCUAAUUGUAGAGUUGUUGAAUUACAAGACAAUUACA